AUGGCCGACGACGUGGACCGCUUCCGGCCGCUCGAGAAGCAGUAUCGCCAUCGGGGCAACGACCACAAGAACGCGCGCCAGCGUCGACACGACGCCCACCGGCAGACCGACCGCGUCGAAUUCUCGGGCGUCAUCGACGUCCAUGCAAAGGAGGCCAACGCGGCUGCCAACAUGGCUCGCCUCCAUGGCCGCGCGCUGUCCUCCGAGGAGCUCGCCUUCAACUACACCAUCCUCAGUCCUCGCGAUGCAUACAUUUACGAGGUCGACGGGCUCCGUGGCUUGAUGGUGCUCACUGGUGCCAUGCCCAUCACGACCCAAGUCGAAUGGGCCUUCCGCGCUGUCCGAGCCUACUCGCAACAGCCCUACAACAACGUGACCAACCUCACGGGCGAUCGAGGAGCGACGACGAGGCUCUGGCAAGAUGCAUGGCACGAAGACGCGACGACGUCUGGGCGGCCAGCGUGGAAGGCGUUCCAGGCCUUGCGCUGGGCCAACAUCGGCGCCCACUACGACUGGACAGCGCGACAGUACGUGGCCGACCCCGACAUCCCGCCGCUGCCAGAGGAGCUCCAGCAACUCGUAAAGGAGGUGUACGCGAUGACAAGCUACGUUGAUGGCAGGGACGUCGAGUCAGGCAUCGUCAACUUUUAUCCGGCGGGGACGUCAAUGGGCGGCCACUUGGACAACGCCGAGUCGGACAUGAUCAACCCGAUCGUGUCACUGAGCCUCGGGACGCAGUGCAUUUACUUGCAGGGCGGCUUGACGCGUGCGACGCCACCGACGGCGCUCUGGCUGCGCAGCGGUGAUAUCAUUCUCAUGGGUGGCGAAGCCCGUCGAUGCUUCCAUGGCGUCCCGCUCGUCACAGACAAACUUCCCGCCGACUUUGCGGCGUGCACCCAAGCGCUGAAGCACACGCACAUCCCGGCUGAGGUCGACGCCUUCGCAGAUUACAUCGCGCACGCCAGAGUCAACAUCAACCUCCGACGCGUCGCGGCCCGAUGAAAC